CGUCAGACCCCAUGUUUGAGUCGCGGCUCAUAUUAGCUAGUGACUAGCUAGUGGCUAAAGCGGCACAAACGUGAGUGAUUUUAGUGGAGUUUACGUGUUUAUCGGGAGAAAAUCUUGGGUGAUUAAGCUGCUCAUGUCUGCUAGCUAGCCUACGAGUUAACUGUGCUGUGGAGACGUUUGAUCUAGCCAGUCGACAUGGCGACGGACGUCAGCUCACCGCAGCGGUUUUUCCACAUGCCGCGCUUCCAGCAUCAGGCGCCGCGGCAGGUGUUCUACAAGCGACCCGAUUUCGCUCAGCAGCAAGCCAUGCAGCAGCUCACCUUCGAUGGAAAACGCAUGAGGAAGGCCGUCAACCGCAAAACCAUCGAUUACAACCCGUCUGUCAUCAGAUACCUGCAGAAUCGUCAGUGGCAACGAGAUCAUCGUGACCUGCGAGCCAUCCAACCUGAUGCUGGAUGCUACAAUGAUUUGGUUCCUCCCAUUGGAAUGAUGAACAAUCCAAUGAACGCUGUCACCACAAAGUUUGUGCGCACGUCCACCAACAAAGUCAAAUGUCCCGUCUUUGUUAUCCGGUGGACUCCUGAGGGGCGUCGCCUAGUCACUGGAGCAUCCAGCGGCGAGUUUACGCUGUGGAAUGGACUGACUUUCAACUUUGAGACCAUUUUACAGGCCCAUGACAGUCCAGUGCGUGCCAUGACGUGGUCCCACAACGACAUGUGGAUGCUGACGGCGGACCAUGGCGGCUAUGUGAAGUACUGGCAGUCCAACAUGAACAACGUGAAGAUGUUCCAGGCUCACAAGGAGGCCGUUAGAGAAGCCAGUUUCUCACCCACUGAUAGUAAAUUUGCCACAUGCUCCGAUGACGGAACUGUUCGGAUUUGGGACUUCCAGCGCUGCCAUGAGGAGCGCAUCCUUCGAGGUCAUGGUGCUGAUGUGAAGUGUGUGGACUGGCAUCCCACUAAAGGUCUGGUGGUGUCUGGCAGCAAAGACAGUCAGCAGCCAAUCAAAUUCUGGGACCCAAAGUCUGGACAGAGUCUGGCAACACUACAUGCCCACAAGAACACGGUGAUGGAGGUCAAGUGGAACACAAACGGAAACUGGCUGCUGACCGCCUCACGUGACCACCUUUGUAAACUGUUUGACAUCCGAAACCUGAAGGAGGAGCUGCAGGUGUUCCGAGGGCACAAGAAGGAAGCCACAGCGGUGGCUUGGCAUCCCAUCCAUGAAGGCCUGUUUGCGAGUGGAGGUUCUGAUGGUUCGUUGCUCUUCUGGCACACAGGAGUGGAGAAGGAGGUGGGAGGCAUGGAGAUGGCUCACGAGGGAAUGAUCUGGAGUCUGGCGUGGCACCCGCUGGGUCACAUCCUGUGCUCUGGAUCGAAUGACCACACCAGUAAAUUCUGGACAAGGAAUCGUCCUGGUGACAAGAUGAGGGACCGUUAUAACCUCAACCUGCUACCUGGAAUGUCAGAAGAUGGCGUGGAGUACGAUGAUUUGGAGCCAAACAGCGUGGCCGCCAUCCCUGGAAUGGGCAUCCCCGAACAGCUGAAGGCCGCCAUGGAGCAGGAGCAGAGCCAUAAAGAGGCAUCUUCAGAGGAGAUGUCUAUCCCAGGAUUGGACUGGGGUAUGGACGAGGUCAUGGGCAAGGACAACAAGAAGGUCCCUCAGAAAAAAGUCCCCUACGCCAAACCCAUCCCAGCCCAAUUCCAACAGGCCUGGGCCGAGAAUAAAGUUCCCAUGAUGCCCCCUGCUGGAGAUGGGCCCAAAGAGCGCAACGUGGAGAAAUUGGAUAUGAAGAAGAAAACUCAGGCGGAGAUUGAGCAGGAGAUGGCAGCUCUCCAGUACACAAAUCCCAUGCUUUUGGAGCAGCUGAAGAUAGACCGCAUGAUGAGUACGGAGGGGAACAUGCAAGGCAAAGGCCCUGUUGGCCCCUUUUCUGGUCAACAGAACUUCCCUCGUCCUCAGCAGAUGCCCAACAGCAUGGGGCCCCCCAUGGGCCCUGGAGGCAUGCAACCUUCUUUCAUGCCCCCUGGUCAGAUGGGGACACCCUCUGGGCCCCCUCAGGGCAUGAUGGGACCUAUGGAUAUGCAGAGACAUCCUGCACCCCCCAGGAACAUGGGCCCCCAAGGACCUCACAGUAUGGGUUCUGGACCCAGAGGAAUGCAGGGUCCCCAUGGUGGGAUGAUGGGGCCCCCCUCUAGAGGAAUGGGUCCUCGAGACCUACAGGGGGCUCCGCCUCAGGGGGGCAUGAUGCCACCUCAAGGAAGUAUGAUUGGACCUCAGGGGGGGAUGAUAGGGCCCCCUUCCAGGACACAAGGCAACAUGCCAAACAACUAUGGAAUGGGAAACAUACAGGGUCCCCCAGGAGGGAUGCACGGGCCUCCAGGGAACAUGCAGGGCCCCCCAUACAUGCAGCACCAGGGUCAGACCUCAGCCCCUCCCAUGCAUGGCAGGGGCCAGCAAGGCCCCAACAACAAAGACCCCCGGGGGCCAUCACCAAACCACCACAUGGGACCUCCGGACCGUCAAGGUGGGGGGCCCGACCAGGGGCAUUACUGGGGGGACAAGCAGCAGGGCCGACAUGGGGCACAGGACUUUGAUGUGGGCCAAGACUUUCAUGGCCGAGGAGAGGAGGGAUGGAGACACGGACACGCCUACCAGGGAGGCGGGGGGCAUCGGGUUGGUGGUGGUCAUCGAGGAGGCAGCGGAGGGAACUGGGGCACUGAUGACAGGCCCCCUCGAGACUCAGGGGAGUUCCGAGGACGACGAGAUGACAGGUUCAGAGGUGGUCCAGGUCGACCCGGAGGUCGAGGUUACCCCGAUGAGUAUGGAGGCCAGGAGGAGGUCUUUGACAACCCUGAAGACGUGAGAAGCUGGGACACUGGAGGUCGGGGCAGGCCACGAGGCGGAGGCCCCCCCAGGGGAGGAGGUCAUGACGGCUACCGUGAUGGACCCCAGAUGCAUGACGGGACAUCCCCUGCAGGCCGUGAACGCUCUUUAUCCCUUCAGGGGAUGGACAUGGCGUCUCUGCCUCCACGAAAAAGGCCGUGGCAGGACGGCCCGGGGACUGCAGACCCUCGAGAGAGAGAUUCGCCGGCUUCCGACACAGGGCGACCUCUUCAGAGGGAUGAUAACAGUUACGGUCCACCAGGGAGGGGUGGACGGGGCGGCUGGGCUCCAGCACUCAGGAGAGGAGGCCCCCCACCCAGAGGUGUGAUGAGGGGCGGUAGCCGAGGUCGGUAGUCAUGGACUCCCCCCUCCUUCAUGGUCCAACAAAGGACUCUUAUGUGACUGUCAAUGUGCUGCUGUGAAAUCAGCUGACUGAAGGCAGGUCAUGUGACACUGAUCAUGUGACUGGUCAAACCUAUCUUGAGCUAUCAGUCAGUCUCCUCUUUCCUUGUUGCUUUUUGUAAUAAAUGUUUUCAUGACGU